AUGGGGUAUGACACCACCUACCUAAGUGCUUUUCUAACAGGUGAUGAGGAAGACACUUACAUGGAAAUACUCAAAGAAUAUAGGGAUGUUUUUGCUUGGAGUUAUAAAGAGAUGCCUGGAUUAGAUCCCAAAGUAGCAGUCCAUCAUCUGGCGGUCAAGAAUGGUGCCCGUCCUGUUAAGCAGGCCCAAAGGCGUUUCAGACCAGAUUUGGUUCCUUCAAUCGAAAAUGAAGUCAACAAACUCAUUGAAGCUGGCUUUAUUCGUGAAGUUAAAUAUCCUACAUGGAUUUCGAGUAUCGUUCCCGUAAAAAAGAAGACUGGCCAAAUUCGAGUUUGUGUUGACUUCAGGGAUCUUAACAACGCAUGCCCUAAAGAUGAUUUCCCGCUUCCCAUCCCAGAAUUGAUGAUUGAUGCUACCACUGGUUACGAGGCAAUGUCUUUCAUGGAUGCACAAGAAAGGUCAGUUGGAGCGUUGUUGGCCCAAGAGAAUAGCGAAGGGAAAGAAAAUUCUCUUUACUACUUGAGCAGAAUGAUGACGCCUAAUGAGCUGAAUUACACGCCAAUUGAAAAGUUGUGUUUGGCGCUAGUCUUCUCGAUUCAAAAGCUGAAGCACUACUUUCAAGCUCAUAGUGUUAACCUCAUUUCCAGAGCAAAUCCCAUCAAGUUUGUGAUGUUAAAACCGGUCCUCAGUGAUCGACUAGCAAGAUGGUACCUCCAGUUUCAACAAUUUGAGAUUACAUACAUCCCUCAAAAGGCUGUAAAAGGACAGGCAUUGGCAGACUUCCUAGCAGAUCACCCGAUACCUGAUGACUGGGAGCUAACUGAUGAACUUCCCGACGAAGAUGCAAUGGUCGUUGAAAUUCAAUCUCCGUGGAAAAUGUACUUUGAUGGUGCUGCACAACGUGAUGGAGCUGGUGCUGGUGUGGUGUUUGUUACUCCACAGGGAGAAGUUCUACCAUACUCCUUCACUUUGACACAACAUUGCUCCAACAAUGUCGCUGAAUAUCAAGCACUAAUACUUGGACUUGAAAUGGCCGUCGACAUGAAGCAGUUGCAGUUGCAAGUCUUUGGUGACUCUCAAUUGGUGAUCAAUCAACUCUUGGGAAGCUACGAAGUCAAGAAGCCUGAAUUACUCCCCUAUCAUGGUUAUGCUCAGAAAUUGAUAGGAUGGCUUGGUGAUGUGACUCUUCAGCAUGUUCCUAGGAGGGAAAAUAAGAAAGCCGAUGCUUUAGCUGCUCUAGCUUCAGCGCUUACUCUGCCAGAUCAAACACAAGCGACUAUCUGUCAAAAAUGGGUAGUACCUCCAUCAAAUGAGGAUGAAGGCGCGGAAAGUGAGCUUGAGCAUCUCGUAGCUGUUUCUGAAGCCACAAAGGAAGACGGGCGACAACCCAUCAUUGACUACUUAAGUUAUGGGACACUGCCAGAAGACUCAAGAAGAAGAACUGAGAUUCGUCGUCGUGCACCUCGAUUCCUUUACUACAAGGAUACCUUAUAUAAAAGAUCUUUUGUGGGGAUACUCUUGCGAUGUUUGGGGGAGGAUGAAGCAGUCCAAGCUUUGCAAGAAGCACAUUCAGGACUGCCUGAAGCAUUACACCCGACCGUCGCAUCUUGGCCAUUUGACGCUUGGGGGUUGGAUGUCGUUGGUCCGUUGCCGAAAUCUUCUGGUGGACACUUAUACAUCUUGGCUGCAACUGAUUACUUCUCAAAAUGGGCCGAAGCUGUCGCUCUUAAAGAAGUAAAGAAGGAGAAUGUUGCGAACUUCAUCCGAGUAAACAUCAUCUAUCGCUUCGGCAUUCCUCGUUACAUAAUAACGGACAAUGGCAAGCCAUUUGGUAACAAAUUGAUGAACAAGAUUUGUGAUCUCUUCGGCUUCAAGCAGCGUAAAUCUUCUAUGUAUCAUGCUGCCGCCAACGGUCUAGCCGAAGCGUUCAAUAAAACUUUGUGUAACUUAUUGAAGAAGGUUGUCUCCAAGUCCAAAAAGGAUUGGCAUGAACGAAUGGAAGAAGCCUUGUGGGCAUAUAGGACAACUUACCGCACACCAACGCAAGCAACCCCGUACUCGCUUGCUUAUGGAGUUGAAGCAGUCCUACCACUUGAGCGCCAAAUACCUUCUUUACGACUUGCUAUUCAAGAAGGACUCACCGAAGAGGAAAAUGCUCGAUUGCGUCUUGCAGAGUUAGAAGCACUUGAUGAGAAAAGGCUGGAGGUUCGCUUGAGGUCCUUCCAAGUGGGAGAUCAAGUCCUUGCGGUAAAAAGACCCAUUAUAGUUUCCCAUAAGUCUGGGGGCAAAUUCACCUCAAAAUGGGAUGGACCAUAUGUCGUACAAGAAGCAUAUUCAAGUGGUGCUUACAAGCUUGUUGAUGCGGAUGGCUUGAGGAUCGGUCCUAUCAACGCAAAGUUCUUGAAAAAGUACUAUCCUUGA